AUGGCCACAUCUAAGAACGUUGUCUUCGAUAUCGUGGGCACACUCGUCAGCUAUGAUCACCUCUUCAAUGCAAUUGAUCGUCGUCUAGGCGACCGUCUACGCGCUGAAGGUGUCAAGCCCUGGCUUCUCGGUUCCGCAUGGAUGGAAACCGCUGAACGAGAAUAUACCAACCUGAGUAUCUCAGGUCGAUACCUCCCCUAUGGAGUGGUUUUUGAGAAACUCUUCUACCGUGUUCUGGGAAUGAUGGCAGGGGUGAAGAAUCCUCGUGAAUUUGCCUCUCCUGAGGAUCUAGCAUACAUUAUGCAUGAGUAUCAAUCUCUCACUAUGAGACCUGGUGCUGCAGAGUGUGUGCAGAAGCUCCGUGAUGCCGAGUUUACCGUUUGGGCUUUUACUGCAGCGGACUUGGGGCGUGUUAGUGGAUAUUUCAAGCAGGCUGGCGUUGAGCUUCCUGCUGAGAAUCUCCUUUCGUGUGAUUCUGCUGGUGUUGGAAAGCCUGAUUUGGCUGCUUAUCGACCUCUGUUGGAUCAGUUGACUGCGGAGAAUGAGGGGAAGACUCCAUGGUUUGCUGCUGCUCAUUUGUGGGAUGUUUCUGCUGCACGAAGGGCUGGAUUCCGGGGAGCUUAUUGUACAGUACUGGAACAGGAGGCGUUGACGGAUUUGUUUGGAGAUAUGGAUGUUAUUGAUGAUACUCUUCCUGGGAUGGCAGACAAGAUUAUUGCUCAUCAAGCUAGUAACUAG